ACGAGUGGAAAUUCAGCCGGAUGUAAAGAUAUAAUAGAUGCUCAGAAUCAUCAAUAUGUUUUCUGGGAUACACAGCCAGUGCCUAAAAUUGAUGAAGUGGUAACUGAAAAUACGUUCAUUGAAGCUGCUAUUGAUAAAACGGAAGUUCGAGCUGAACCAUAUUCUUUACCAGAUUUAUUCUAUUGGAGUGAUGUAGAUAUUUUAAAUAUUGAUGAGCUUACCGAAUUGUACAAUCUUCUUGCAGAAAAUUAUGUUGAAGAUGAUGACAAUAUGUUUAGAUUCGACUAUAAGCCUGAAUUUCUUGAAUGGGCAUUAAAGCCUCCUGGAUGGAAGAAAAAAUGGCACUGUGGUGUACGAGCCAAAAAUAAUGGAAAAUUGCUCGCAUUUAUCUCUGCGAUUCCUUCUAAUAUUCGUGUUUAUGAUCAGGUUUUAAGAAUGGUUGAAAUUAAUUUUCUGUGCGUUCACAAAAAAUUGCGAUCAAAACGAGUAGCUCCUGUUUUAAUACGGGAAAUCACGCGGCGUGUUAAUCAGAUUGGUAUUUUUCAAGCAGUAUUUACAGCGGGUGUUGUUUUGCCAAGACCUAUUGCUACUUGCAGGUAUUGGCACCGGUCUUUGAAUCCAAAAAAAUUAAUCGAAGUUAAAUUCUCACAUCUUGCUCGAAAAAUGACCAUGCAACGAACGUUAAAACUCUACAAACUUCCUGAGUGGCCAAAAACAGAGAAUUUGGAACUAAUGACUAGUAAUGAUAUUAAUAGUUCUCAUUUGCUGCUGAGUGAAUAUUUGAAGAAAUUUGAGUUGGCACCGAUUUUUUCGAAAGAAGAAUUCGAACAUUUUUUCUUGCCAAGGCCAAAUGUUAUACAUAGUUAUGUCGUUAAGAAUAAAGAAGGGAAAGUAACAGAUUUAAUAAGCUAUUACUUAUUGCCGUCAUCCGUAAUGCAUCAUCCGCAAUAUAAAUCAAUUAAAGCAGCAUAUUCUUUCUAUAAUGUGGCUACAUCAGUUUCGCUGAAACAACUCAUUAAUGAUUUUGGCAUUCUACAUAGUUGUAUUAAUCGAUUAUAUAAGACAAACAAUUUUAACCUUGAACUUAAAUUUGGCAUCGGCGACGGUAAUCUUCAAUAUUAUUUAUAUAACUGGAAAUGUCCUGAUAUAAAGCCGGAAAAAGUGGGUUUAGUUUUACAAUGA